UUUAGAUCCGCAUAGGUUGGUCAAGUGUGAGUAGAAACUUGAAGCCAUGGAGGUCUUCAAAAGCCCUGGAAGCUCAAGGGGCUGCGGGACUUCGCCCAUCGACCUGUUCGAAAUGCAAGUUACGCUAACAACUCUGUGCAAGUGUCUUCAUGAGUCAGGUCAAAUUCCUUUGGGUCAUUUCCAGACUGAGUUACACAAAGCCCGUUUUGAUGCAAUGCUCCAGAUGUAUCCAUGCCCAAAAAGCACUGCAAGCUUUCAAAAAGCUAUGCAGUCGGAGAACAUUCUCACAAACUGUUUGGCUUUUGGUGGUCAGUCUCUUGCCCUUGAGCUCUUUCAUACUUGCAAGAUCCUGGCUGUUGGGUUGAAAUCAAACCCUCACAUGCUUCCGGGGAUCUAUGUGACUUGGUCACACAGAGAAAUGCUGGAGUGGCAUCCCAUCCCAGGACUGCUGAAAUUGAAACUUGCUCCCGUGAUUGAUCGCUCAAUUGCCAGAGAUUUCACGCUGUGCCAUUCUGCACAGACACAACAUCGGGACACUCUUUUCAAAUGUGGUGGUGGGUUUGGGGGCACUUGGCGACGCAUGACCAACGCGGCACUUGCAUUCUACAAGACAGCAGGUAGAUGGGAACCCUUGCCCGCAAUGGUGAAAAAAAGGGAAGGCCAUUCUGCAACCGUUUUGCGCGGAAAGCUCUAUGUGUGCGGUGGCUUGAACGAUGAAUUUGCUCAGGAGAGUUGCGGAGAGGAAAGUGUGCAUGGCACUGUGGAGUGUUAUGACCCCACCACAGGAUCAUGGACCCCACUGCCCCGUAUGCUGACUCGAAGAUAUAACCAUGCUUGUACUACAUUCCAAGGCCGUCUUUUUGUCUGUGGCGGUAUAUCUCCAGACAAGUCAGGAGGAGAGGGACAGCUUGCGACUGUGGAGAGCUUCCAGCCUUCGGAGCGGCGCUGGACGCAAAUGCCUUCCAUGUUGCAAGAGAGAUCGAUGGCACCGGCGCAAGCUGCGCCAUUUGCCAACUUUGCUCUAAAAUCUGUCAACUCCAGGCUUUUUGCAUACGGAGGUGCAAAGACAGCAAUGAUAGAGUGCUAUCAGGAUGGCUUUUGGACUGAGAUUCCUACUCUUGACCUCGGAGGGUGCCGGGGUUGUGUAGCACUCACAGCAUGCCAAGGGUACUUGUACAUAUUGAGUCGGGACUCAGCUGAAACUGAGGCUGGGCCUGCUAAAGGUGCAACCAUGCACCGAUUCGACCCUGACAGUGGCACGUGGCAAGCCAUGCCCUUGACUGUACAGUGCAGUAAUACAGGUGUCAGUCAAAAUUGACACAUCUCCUUUGACGAGUGCAUUGAAUUGAAACUCCUUGCUAGUUGACAGGCAUUUUCAAGAAUAUAAUUAGCUUUCUAAUAGCCGCAUUGCCAUGGAUUACAGAGAGCAUCCAUUAGGACGCUUGUUAUCUUUGGAUAUCUUGCGUAGAUUUCAAUGUCCUGCCUGGGCUCAGUAUUUGUCGGCCAAAA